CAAUAGGGAUUUUCCCUAACUAAAUUCAAACCAAAACCAAACUGUCUCCGCUGUGUACUUCAGAUAAAACACGCGCUUAUCAGCUGAUCCAGAUAUUAUGGCAGUGGUAUAUAUAAUCAGUAUUCUUUCGUGAGCGUACACUUUUCAAACAACGGAAAUAGCAUUUUUGUGCGCAUCGCGUUUGCAAAGAAAACUUUUAAGGAUUCGUGCUUAUGAAUUUCCAAAUAAAAAGGAAGCAGAAUAACAAGUGAACAAUAAGUUUUCCUUUUCCAAACUUUACCAUUUUCUUUGGAAUUUUCCUGAAAUUUAAUUACUACAUAACAGUAGCUAUCGAAAUGAAGUGGACGGGGGUCGAAAAAUGUGAAAGCGGAUCCACUGCCGAAACUUUACCAGAGGGCGCUCCUUACACCCCUGAACCAGUGCAUAUCAGCCCUAUAAGGAACUCUAAUAUCGAGAUCUACCUGAAGAAGCGAAGAUUCGACCGUAAUGAGACCCUGAUGCCACCGACUUUUAAAGGAACCGGAACAGAAGGACAGGUUUCUGUGGGUGGAAGAGCAGAUGGGGGUGGCCAGGCGAUGAACCCCGAUCGUCUGCGGGAAAUCCAAACUGCGGUUCACUGCUCACACAGCAAGAUUCCUAACAAAAGUGAGCUGAGGGCGCUUUGUAUUCAAAGAGCAAUGUUAUCGGAUGACGAUGGAGAUCGCCCUAUCCACGUUGCCGUCGCUCGUGAAGAUCUGAAAAUUGUUCGAAAACUUUGUGUGCUUAUGCUACGAAAUUCAAUAUCUAUUGACCUCACCAAUUUCUUACGACAGACUCCUUUACAUCUGGCUGUGAUUUUGGGCAAUGCCGAAAUGGUUCGACUGCUACUAAGGUGUGGGGCUGCAGUAACCUUGAGGGACAGAAAUGGCAAUUCGGUUUUUCACUUGGCAGUUAAAGCGAACGCCAAUGCAGAAGUUCUUCAGUUGCUCUUGACUCAACCUCAAUCGAAAACAGUUAUCAACUCUAUGGAUCAUGAAGGUUAUAGUGCUUUGCAUUAUGCUGUAUUCAAAAACAAUCAAACUGCUGUCAAAUACAUUCAUCAGUACGGUGCAAAUAUGAAUAUUGUGGAUGGAAAGAGUGGCAGGUCUGCGCUUAUUCACGCUGUCUUGGAUCAAAAUGCAGAAAUGGUAAGUCUGCUACUAGAAUGCGGAGCUAGUGCGGAAACACAAGAUUAUUCGGGACGUUCUGCGUUCGAAUUGGCGCUGCAAUCGUCAAAUGCGCAAAUUUAUAAGUUGCUAGAAAAUCGAAUAACAGUCAACGAACUUUCUACCACGUCAUAUCCGAAAUCAGAUUCUCCAAAAAACGUUUUCGAAUAUAACAUCGCACCUUCUGUCAAUAAAGCCGUUAAAAGAACUCUCAAUCAAGUUACUGUAGUUAAAGUAAAGAAAACAUCGGACGCAAAAAGAAGCACAAGACUCGAGAAGCAAAAUUUUGCUGUGAAGGGGCAAGAAGAGAUGAAUUCUUGAAUAUUGUAGCCCGGAAAUCUGCUGACGUUUUGUCUUAACAGCAUUAUGCCAAAAAAAAAAAAAAAAAAAAAAAAAAAAAAAAAAAAUCUUCUGUAUUCCUUAGAAUUCACUUGUAGUGUGCUGUCUGAAAAACGAAAUUCUUACUUGUAGUAACUUAUUUAGUAGAAUGGGAUUGUAAUUUCUGGGUCUAUAAAAGCAAAAGAAUGUUUCCUAUUUUCCCGAACCUUCCUUUAUUUUUAAUAUAUUUCCGGAUGUGAUAUGUAUGUACCUGUAGAAUAUAUUUCACGGGAAGCAGUUUUUGAAAUUAAGCAUUUCCAUCCAUUAGAUGGUGAAACAUCCUAUAUUUUACGUUAUAGAAUAACACACUCCAAACAAUUUUCUUUGAAAAGAUGUAUACAUAUGCUAGCUUGAUAUUUCUGGAGAUAAAACAUACUUUUGUUAUCAGCUCAUUUAGACUAUGAUAAAAAUUUUCUAAACAUAUCUCUUAGAUUAAUUAUUUCAAUAGAUAAUUCUUACAGUAGUAUAUCAUUCUAUUUAUUACAGUAGUAUAUCAUUCUAUUUAUUAUGUUGACAAUAUUUGCUUUAAGAGCAAUACUUUUAAUUUAAUAGUAGCCAGUAGGCAACCUUGGCGUAUAUAUCCUUCUGUAACAAAAUUUUUGACGCGUGUGUUGUCAUAUAAAGGCAAAGAUGCAAAGUAUCUUUUAACAUGGUGUUUUUCUUGCGGUUUAAGUUCCAGUAGAUACACAUAUCAAAUAUAAACCAAAUUAACAAAGCGACUUUUAUUUGUUAUGACUAGUUGUAUUAAUAAGGCGUAUUUAAUGCCAUAAGUAGAUAUUAAAUAAGUUAAAUUUAUAAUAAAAGUAAAUACUUUAAACAUAUUUCAAUUCUCAUUUAGUGACUUAAUUUAUAAUAAAAUGUUAGAAAAAUUGUAAUAAAAAGUGAUUUUUCAAAGAUAUUUAGCUGAUUCAUUCAUAUUAAACAGAAAAAUUAAAAAGCUUGUCCAAAAUUUUUAUAUAAUUUAGUCUAAUAGAAAUUAGAAUUAAAAACAUAAAACAUUAUUUGUUAAAUUAUGUACGUACUAAGAAAAUCAAAAGCUGUGAUUUUUAACAGAAUAAAUUUAUAACUUUAUCUUCCCUCAGAACACUUUCUAUUGAUUUUUGCGUAUAGCUGAGAAAAAAAAAAAAAAAAAAAAAAAUAGUGUUCUAAUAUGUUACUAUGUGUAUUUCAUCUUUGAAUAUUGUAUAAUCUGAUGAAAAAAACAGAGGAAGGUUAUACCAAAAAGAAUAAUUUUUCGCUACUUUUGUGACAUUUUUGUGGACUGUAUUCAUGUGUGUAUAUUUAUUAUAUAUUUUCAUAUGCAUUUAUUAAAAAAAUGAAUCAUUUACAUUAAA